UUUAAGAGAAGUACUCGCUUUAAAACCAAAAAAGUUGGAGUAAAUUUGCGAAAUAUUGUAUUUCUCGUCAGAAUGAGUUUAUAAAUGUAGCAUUUUAGGUUGUUUUUAAGUAAAAAUAAUCAUUUACUCACUUCCUCACUCUUUUCUCUCUCUCAGUCCAGUGUAAGGCGGGGGAACAGACAGUCUCGCGAUACACACACAAUACUUUUAGACAAGAUUCAUAGUUAAUAGACACAUCAUAGACGCCCAAAAAUGAAGAUGGAUAAAAAUGGAUGAUCUCAGUUAGUAGAAGCAAUAAUUGUAAGCAAAAUGGAGAAAGAGAAGCUUUGUUUCCAGAAAAAAGAGGUUUGUAACGAGAGUAACGAAAUGGUGCACCCGGAUUUUUUGCCACAAGAGAGUUUAGAAGUCACCGAAGCGUCCCAAUCUCUUUCUGAACAGCAUAUCUCCGUUCUACCAACCUUACACUCCUCCCCCUCACAACAGCCAGUAACAGAUUCAUCUGCUAGAGCAGUUAUUUUACCAACUACCGCCAUUAGUUCUGUCCAAGACUCAACUCUUACUUCUAACCUCUUCCCCACCCAGGCCAUGAACCCAAUGCCCCUGGUGAAGUCCCCGGUCCCCAAGCAGAAGAAUGUGUUAAAGGAGAGGUUUGUUUUGAAAAACACUCAUGUGGUUCAACAAGCUAAGGCUGUGAAUAUUGAAAAUACCAAUGAUGUUGUGACUGAACAAGAGAAAAUCAGUUUUCAGCUAAAUGAGGAGGAAACAAAUUAUCUACGGCUUUGCAGGAACAAGGCCCAUUCUAAAGUUCUUCAGAAAAAGCGACAUCAUCUUAAUGCAUCGUUGUCUUCUCUCCUUCUAAAGGAAUGGCAACUUAUUUAUCCAAGCAGUUCUUUAUCAGGGAAGGAACUUGUAGAGCUUUACGAAUCUAUUUUCAAGAAACCCCCGAAAAAGGUUGAACCUUUUCCUUCUUUAAAAAGAAAACUUUCAAUUAAUCAAACCGAGAAUAAUGGUUCUCCAGUGAUCAUAUCUCUUCUCAAGAAAAAGUCCUCUCCUACGGCGAAUGCUGAACCGGAGGCGAAUGAUUGUUCCGCCUUGACUCCGCCUGAGACAAGCGGAGUUAUUUCACUCUCCGACCACUCCGACAGACAAUGGAGUGCUGCUAUGCUCAGUAAUCUCCACUACUCAGUACGGAUGGGAAAAAAGAAAGGGACUGAUCUCGAAACUGAAUGGAAGAUCCUUUAUCCCAACUCCACCCUGACAGCUAGAAACCUCAAGUCUAGAUUUACAGUCCAUGAAAGAACACAUUCUGGACUAGUUCCCCCAGCAGCUCCGGUAGCUGAGGUUGAAUCCAGCUCUACCCCUAGUAAACUCACCUUCAAGAGAUCAUGGAGUACAGAUACUUCUCCUGCUAUGUCACCAGCUCCUACUCCGCUCAAGAAAUCAAAAUCAGACAAUUAUUCGUCAAAGGUUCAGAAACCUGCUGCAGUUUGGACUGAGUCUAUGAUAGAGGAUAUGUUUGAGACUAGAACUAAAGCUGUUCAGGAAUUAAAUACUGAAAUUAAUAAUGUACUCUCAAGGAGAUGGCAUGAACUCUGGUUACAGAAGAACCCAAAUCACAACUUUAUCACAAAAGAAAACUUAUAUUCAAGGUAUUUGUAUCAUUCCAAGAAGAGAAUAAAUUCUAUUGGAGGAGGAGGAAUGGUUUACGCACAACAAAAUUCAGAAUCUUCUUUAAACGCUCUCUUGGGAACACAUUCAAGAUUUGAUGAACAGAACGGACAUUUUGAGAAUGUAUCUACUCCAGGAGGAGGUAUUAUUGAGGAUCCUGAGUAUUUUUCUGUACCUGGAGCUGAUCCUAUAAUUGAUCCUGUUCCUGAACUUCCUGUUGCUCCUGGAGCUAAAUAUAUCUGCAAGGAGGUUCCGAAAGAAUAUCCAAACCUGCCAAAAUCUAAAUGGAUCUGCGAGCAUCAUUAUAUACAUGUUUUCUACGAUGAUGAGAAUAAAAGUUAUGAAUGUAUUCUUACUGAUCAACUCCUUCAAAUGAGAAACUCUCUUGUUCCUAAGUUUCCAGGUUUAGAUAUUUACAAGCCUGGAAAGAAACCUCCAGGGUUUGCUAAACUUCUCCUCAAUGAAUGGAAGCGUCAUUAUCCUGGAUCACAAGAGAAUAAUAAAACCAUCAGUAUGAAAAUAGGUCGGUAUGAUCGGGCCCCACAGAUUCUAUCUCGGGAUACUGUUUCAGAAGGGGGACGGAUAAACUGGACUCCAAACAUGAUAGAACAUAUCAGAUCUACCCGUGAGAAGGCUGAGGUAGAGGUUGGUCCAACUGGAUCAGCUGUUGAGCUGACCAGAGUAUGGCGGGAGAACUGGGAACAGCUGUAUCCAAACAUCAAUAUUGAAUGGAAGCAUAUUGUGUCAAGGUUCCAAUACCAUUUCGGAGCAGAGCGUAGAGACAGCUUAGAUGGUGCAGACCAGAAGUUGGAUAAGUCGACUCCUAUUCCUAGGCCCCGUGUUGGAAAUGGAGUUGAAGACGAGAUGGAAGAUAUUAAAGGAUUCAGACAAUGGAACCGAUCAAUGCAAGAGGAUCUUCUUAUUCUCAGAGAUCUCAUAUUUGAAGAGGAGCCUGAUAUAGAUCAAAGCUCUAAAGAAUUCUCACAGAAGCUUCUCGGAGCUUUCCAACGCCGGCAUCCGUCCUGUAUGGAGUCAGGGCGGAGUUUACUCUCUAAACUCCGGGAUCCACUCCCUGAUCUGGUAGAGGAGGAAGAAGAACCUCCGCCACAGGUUUCUAAGAAGAAGAAAGAAGAUGGAAAACCCAAGAAUAUAAGCAGUGAUAUUGAUGGGUUUACAGACUGGAGUUUAGGGAUGGUUCGAGACUUUAUAUCCUGUAUGGAUAAAGCCAGGAGAAAAUAUACUCAGAUGAAGGUUGAGGACCCAGGGAUGAAACUUGUCCCUCUUCUCCUAGCAGAAUGGAUGAGUUUAUACCCGAGUACAACGGAAACUGUUAAAUCCUUCCUGGUACGGAUCCGGUUCUUGAAAUCCAACAAGGAGAUGAUAAAACUUCGGCUUGGUCAACACAACCUUCUACCCAAGAUGUCCCAGCAGCCGAACCAGGAGAAUGUGGUUACUGAAGUCAAGGUUAAGGAGAGGACAGAGGACAGCACCCAGGACAAGUUUAUCUGGGACAGCCAGGCCAUGAUGCCUGAUGUCAUCGCAACUAGGGCUAAGGCAAUAGCUAUACAAGGUCGGGAGCUGGAACAGGGACGUAAAGUAUCCUACUCUAAACUCUGGAUCAGGGAGUUUAAGAAAAUAUAUCCAGCUUGUACAUAUACAGCUAACAAUCUCAGUGUUCAUUUCUGGUACUGGAACAACAGGGAGAACACGGAGAGGAGGGGACCCAAGCUCCCAGAUUUCUGGACGGAGGAGAGGUUGGCUCAGCUCGCCAAUAUAGCUGAGAUGGUGGAAAAUAAAAUGAAGAAUCCCGGAACUUCAAUGAGUGUUAGAUCUGUAGGGUUUGCUCCAUUACUCCACUCUGAAUGGAGUAAUCUGUAUCCUGGUAGUAAAGAAUCUCCAGCACAACUUGAGGCCUUGAUAAGACGGUUGGAGACUAAGGAAACCCAGCCUGAUAUAAUCCUACCCUGGAGCCCAAAAUUGAACCAGUCUCUAAGAUUGUUGGCCUCCAGGCUGAUAGAUAAGAAUGAGUAUCUAAUGAGCAGAUUGUUGGAGGAGUGGAGAAGUUUGAAUCCAGGUAGAAGGGAUGGCGUAGAGUUUAUCUUGGACAGAUUGGACGAUGCGAACAUUUCUCCGCCUGUCAUUGAUCGUCUGGCAAAGAAACCGGUUCGAAUAGUACCACGGAUUGAACCUGUUAAGAUAUUUGCCCCAGAUCCACCUGUCAUUGCCAACUGUUUGAAUGCGCGAGGUCAAAUGCGCUGGACCCAGCAGGCCGUAACAGAUCUGCUGCAGGCGCACAAGCUGGCUGUUGCGUCGAAGAAUAAGCAUCCGGAUACAAAGCUGGCAACCAUCUUACAUACAGAGUUUAAGAAGAAGUAUCCAUCUUGUCCUGUAGGUCCUAAUGUUCUUUUAACUAAAUGUUAUAUCUUCAGAUCUGAAAUAAAAUCUGGAAAGCUUGUGAUGCAGAAUACAGGAGAUGUAGGAUCAACUAUACUGGAGAAUAUAUCUCGGAACUGGAGUGUAGAGAUGUUGAAUGAGCUUGGUCCUGCCCGAAGGCGAGCAGUUUAUCGAAAACGGAUCUUCCAGCUGAACAAUCAAUCCAUACAACUUGGAGAUCUUUGGUUGGAAGAGUUUAAGCUUAAGUUCCCAAACUACAAGGCCUCUAAGAAACAGCUGAUUAAGAAGUAUAAAUGGUGGAGAACAAAGCAGAACAGUUCUAUGCCUGAACAUUUUGAGGUGUCUGGUCAGCUGUAUCUGGAGAUCAAGGGUAUACUUGAGGGUAGGAACCUUAUCCUACCUCCAGAUAUACCAGCUACGGUUCUACAGACCAUCACGGUACAGGUAGACAACUCCAAACUCCAGGAGAUGUUCAAGAAGGACUCCAUCAAGCUUCCAGGGGGAGCGGUUAUCAUGCCCCGUCAUGAACCUGUUCUCCAGGCUAAUGUUGAAAUAGCUCCGGACGUGAGUAUUUAUCCAACCCAGGAUCCGGAGCAGAUAAAACCCUUGGUUCAAGAAUCUGAUAUAAAGAUGGAAAUAAAACAAGAGAUAAAACUAGAAGAGGGAGAAAUCAAUAAUUCUAUGAUUCAUAACAAUGAGAUUGAGCUGGAUCUAUCGAAACAAAAAAAUGAUUUUAGUGAGAAUUGUCCUCCUGUUGUAAAUCAAACUGUUGUAAUGGAUUCACCCUCCGUAUCAGAGGAAGUAAAUGAUGUUAAACUUCUCCCCUCUGCUUCAUUAAUUGCCAAACUAUCGACUCUAGGUAUUGCAUUGAACUCUGUGCCAGCUUUACUAAAGAUGUAUCUUGAACUUCGGAGUAUGUAUAUCCAGCUUCUAGAAACUGGUUUUGUACCCAGUUGGUCUGUACUUACACUACAGAGAUGCCGUGAUGGUUGUGAUAGAUUCUUAGCCGAAGUAUCUGGUGGAGAAAUACUAGAGUCCCUGGUUGGAGUAAUUCUAGCAGAAGCAGGAUGUAAACAAGAGAAUCAAACUCUUCUCCGACCCAGUCAGCCAAUAUCAUGCUCAAGGGAGCUCAUUAAUACGGUAGGUUCAGGUUGCCCGGCCAUUUUUACCAUUUUUUUUCUCUUUCAUUUUUAA